AUGGCGAGCCCACUUAGCACCAACGCGUCCACUGCCACAGCUGCUGUCCAACCAAAGGUGAAAAGGACGCAGGUCUCGAGAGCGUGCCUGAGGUGCAAGAGGCUGCAAAAGGGUUGUAGCGAGACAAGGCCAUGUCCGCGGUGCAAGAGAGUUGGAUUGGAGAAUGAAUGUCUGGUCGGCGAUGGGCAUGCACAAGGGCCGCCAUCGGUAUCGCAGUUGGCCGAGUUGAACUGGUCCUAUCCGCAGCUCCCCGCCAGCCUUUCCCCCGAAUCCAUUAUCACGUCGCCGCUGAUGACGGUCUCUACGACACUCGGGCCACUACGAGGUCGACCUCCUGCGCUAGUCAUCGGGUACUGCAUCCGACGCUUCUUCGAGAAGCUGUAUCCGACGAUCCCCAUACUGAACCCGGAAUACAUCGAGAUUCUGAUGGCGGAGGACGAGUCCUCGAAAAGCGACGCUGCUGGGUGUCUCCUCAUGGCCGUGUGCGCCGUCGUUUUGAUACAAGUCGAAGCACCUGAUGAACGCGCAUUCGAAGCCGACGGAAUUCAUCAUUCUAACCGGAAAUUCGGGGAACUUUUGUUCGAUCAGGCCACGGCCGCCCACAACCGACUAUCGCUCGCAUUUGACCCGAGUUUGGAGCGGGUGCUCGCGACUUUCUUCAUCUACGCCGGCCACGCGUUUCUUUUCCACCACAGCCAAGGCUUCUACUUCCUCCGUGAAACCGCUACCAUGUGGCUCGUACUACGCAUCCAAGAAGGCGACAGCUUGAGACGAAAGCUGGCGCACCGGCUGUUCUGGGUGAUCUUAGUCUCGGAACGGUCGCAUGGGAUCCGGUAUCGACGGCCCGUCACGCUUCAAGUCACCCCAACGGUGCCUCGCCUCGACGGUCUUGAGUCUCGGUCAGACCCCGCGCUGUGCGGAUUGCGCUGUUUGGUGGGACUCUUCCGCCCUCUCGACACCGUAUUUUUUUCGCUCCUCAACCAGGAAGACACGGCCCUUGUAUCGAAGCCGUUGGCAUCAUUAGACGCUAUCCAGGGAGCCAUCCGCAGCGCGCUGGACCCACAACACAUUGGGGUCCUUUGCGAGACGCAGAUAGCCAACCUCAGGGUCACCCAACUUUGGCUCCUCGUCAUCCUGUGGCAACUUCGGCUACGUCUGGGCUUGCUGGUCCAGGACGUUGGGGCCCCGUGUCAUUUGACUUUCUACUACCCGGUCGAGAUCGGGGAAGAGCUGGGCAGGGUAGUCCGCGGCAUCUCGAUUGACAGUAUCAAGGUGCAUGGGGCUGGGAUCAACGAAAAGGUUUUUGACGUCGCUUGUGCCAUGGUCGACGUGUUGUCUCGGGUGCCGGACUCGGACAAGGAUGGGUCGGGGUUGGUGAACAUUCGAUAUUUCCAGCGGCUCAUCCACAAGCUUCCGGGCGGUCCGUCCACAUACGACGACUUGCUCGUGAAGCACAUUGGAAACACCUUGCCGAGCGCAGAGCACCACAUGUCGAGCCCGUGA